AUAGAAAAACAGCCACCAUUUUUCCAUUGUUUUAUUUGGGCACUCGUUUGCGUACGGCACGCCAUAGGUUCUGAUCAAAAUCGAUCAAGUUCUCUGUUUCGCCUUCUUCUUCCUCCACUUCUCGUCGAAAACCCUAAUUACAAGUUCUGCGAGGUCUUUGCUCGAUCGAGAUGGCACAGGAGGAGAAAGCGAGGGAAGCCAUUAAACACGCUCUCAGAGCUCUUCGGAAGCGUCAUCUUCUCGAGGAAGCUGCUCAUGCUCCUGUAAUUUCUGCUCUAUCUAGGCCUAUUAUUUCUCAGGGCUCGGAAUGGAAAGAGAAAUAUGAAACACUGGAAGCAGAGCUGCAGCAAUGUUACAAAGCUCAAUCCCGAUUAUCUGAACAACUUGUGGUAGAAGUAGCUGAAUCCAGAGCUUCAAAGGCUUCGUUGCAGGAGAACGAGACAUUAAUUACUGACCUGCAGAAAGAAUUAACCGAAACAAGGGAAGAAAGCACCCAGUUAAAAGGAGAGUUAGAGGAAAAGAUCAAGACUCUGGAUUUGAUUAUUUCUGAAAACAAGGAACUUCGAGCUCAGCUGGAGGAGAUAACGACUAGAGCUAAAAAAGCAGAGGCAGAGAAUAAAAUGUUGAUUGAUCGGUGGAUGCUGCAGAAGAUGCAGGAUGCAGAACGCCUUAAUGAGGCUAAUGCGCUAUAUGAAGACAUGUUAGCUCGGCUCAAGGCAAAUGGUUUGGAAAAUCUUGCUCGACAACAAGUUGAUGGGAUUGUUCGCCGCAACGAAGAUGGAACUGAACACUUUGUGGAGUCGACUGUUCCAUCUACAUGCGGGCACCGUAUCCACGCUCAUGAAGGUGGCUGUGGCUCUAUACUCUUCGAAUACAAUUCCGGGACUCUGGUUACGGGGGGACAAGACCGAUCAGUCAAAAUGUGGGACAGUAACAGCGGUUCUUUAGUUAAAACCUUAUACGGUUCCCUUGGCAAUAUACUCGAUCUGACCAUAACCCACGACAGCAAAUCCAUCAUCGCAGCUAGCAGCUCGAACAAUCUGUUUGUGUGGGAUGUCAAUACGGGUCGGGUAAAUCAUACACUCACGGGCCACACUGAUAAAGUAUGUGCUGUGGAUGUGAGCAAGUUUUCGAGCCGACACAUUGUGAGCGCGGCUUAUGACCGUACUAUAAAACUCUGGGAUCUGCAGAAAGGUUACUGCACCAACACUAUCAUCUUCCACAGUAACUGCAAUGCAAUCUGCUUCAGCGUGGACGGGCAGACUGUGUUUUCAGGUCACAUGGACGGGAAUCUCCGGCUAUGGGAUAUUCAGACCGGGAGACUUCUGUCCGAAGUAGCGGCACAUUCUGCCGCCGUCACGUCGGUAUCGUUGUCCAGAAACGGAAACAGGAUCCUGACGAGUGGCAGAGACAACUUGCACAAUCUAUUCGACACCCGAACACUGGAACUCUGUGGCACGCUCAAAGCAACAGGGAACAGGUUGGCAUCGAACUGGAGCCGGUCUUGUGUAAGUCCAGAUGACGGUUAUGUGGCUGCAGGGUCGGCUGAUGGGUCGGUUCAUGUAUGGUCCAUAGCGAAAGGCGAUAUAGUAACGACGCUCAAGGAGCAAACGUCUCCGAUAUUGUGCUGCGCUUGGAGCGGGCUCGGGAAACCACUUGCCUCGGCGGAUAAGAACGGGUACGUUUGCACUUGGACAUGAUAUCGUACGUUAGAGAUCAUUCAUAUUUCUGUAUAUGCAAACGCUGGUUAUACAACAAAACCCCGAAAAGUUGAUUCGAUGCGUUUUCGGGUUUUAUUUCGGGAGAGGAUUUGAUAUUGGUUCGGUUUCCUUUGUUCAAUUCCCUUAUCUCAUUUUAGGAUUUCACUGUUUCGGGUGUUCGCUUUA